CUAACUUACAAAAUAUUCAGCAUUCUAAUGUUUCAAUCUAAGUUAUACAGUACUACAUCAUACUAAUGAUUAGACUUGGGUAAAACACUAACUUACAAAGUAUUCAGCAUUCUAAUGUUUCUGUUUUUGAGAAAGCAUGAAAGCCGCAUGUUUCAUUCCAUUGAAAAGUUAGGAAGAGACGCAGUACGCCCCAAAUGGGCCAAAAAAGAAAACGAUUACAGACUGACCCGUGGGCUUCCAGAAAUGAGAGGUGGUAUGUGAUUACGUUUGUAUCAACACUAGAAAACUUCAAAAUCAGUAGUAAACAGGAUUUGUUCGCAUCCAUACCUCUCAGUUCCAGAACAGAAUCAUUUGGCUGGCAAAAGAAGCAAUAGCCUGAAAAGGAAAAACAACCUAUUGGGAUGCUAAACCUCACCAAAAAGAACUCAUUGAUGUUUGAGAAUCAAUUAGUCUACCAAAAAGAAAUAGCAUUAUAUGAAAAACAUGGGGAUAAAAUGUUGCACAAAUGAAAAGUUCUGUGUUCCUUGUGCGUUGUAUCUUGUUUUCCAAUACCUAAAAAUGUCAGCUCUAAACCACGAGUAUCCAACAAAAGAAAACAUGCCUGAUUAAAUGAAGAACAUGCGGUAGCCAGCAGCAUUCCACUAGACAACAGCUUGAGCAUGCAAUUGUCUCAGGAUCCACCACCAAACUACACCAUUCAUUAUCAGCCCUUGCUGCCAAUAAGUGGAACAUGAUAAUGUGAUGGUUCAUCUCGAGGACAGCAGACAUAAUAAAAAACUGUAGUGAACAUGAGAAGACUUUAGUGUUAUGAUCUCUAUGCUUCUGCCAGAUCUCAAGGCAUAGCAGACAGCAUCUGGGAGAUGUAAUGGCAUGAUUCUUCAUGUCUACCAAUCAGAUGCUACAUCACUGCUGUACACUUCUUCUGUAUAAAUAGACGGCAGCAGAACUGUACAUACAUCAAACAAGAAGCUCUUCUUUUCUGCUUCUCCUCCUCUCAUCAACCACAGUACAGAGAAAAGCAUCAAGCUCAGAGAUGGCUUUCCACCUAAGAUCGAUAAGUUUGCCUUCUAGGCCUCACGUCAGUGAGACCGAAGUCGAGCAAGAACUCCACAGCCUGGAAGCAAGCAUCUCUUCCUCCAAUUCCAUCAGCACGAUGGGCGAUGGUCUCAGGAGUCUUGCAAACAUCUACGAUGCUCUUGAAGAGAUUAUUUGCCUACCAAGCAACCAAGUUUGCUCCUCCCAGCAGAGGAACAUGUUGGAUGGUGAAAUUGAAGGUUCUCUCGAGCUGCUAGAUCUCUGCAGCUCCAUGCAAGAGAUCUUCGUCGAGAUGAAAGGUAUCAUCCAGCAGCUGCAAGUGUCUCUAAGGAAAGGCGAGGAUGCAGCCUCUCAAACCAAGAUCCAAUCAUACACCCGCUUGGCAAAGAAGGCCAAGAAACAUUUCAAGAAGACCGCGAAGAAGGCUCCUGUAGCUUGCAGGAUAGUCAUGCUGUUAGCCAAGGCCAGAGAGAUCUCUGUCUUUCUGCUGGAGUCCACACUCCAUCUCUUGUCGAAGCAAAUCGAAAUGCCUAAACAGUCUCUUGUUUCCAAGGCAUUUCACAAGAAGGCAGCUGUUUGCAAGGAGGAGCAAUUGUCGGGGCUAGAGUGCAGUAUCAGAGAUCUCGAGAGCGGAGUAGGACAUCUGUUCAGGAAAUUAGUCCAGAGCAGAGUUUCUCUACACAACAUCCUUAGCUCGUAGAUACUCCCAAGUCACUCUUGAUACUCUGAUUGGCAUCCGCCUUUUAAGGAAUAGCUGAUCUUCAUACAGUUUUCCCGUAGUAUAAAUGUAAAUGAUACUAUAGAAAGAGAAACAGAAGUUUUGAUCCAUUUCAUGCUCGAUGUGUGUUUUGUGAGCCUACUAUACUUUAUUUUAAUGUCCUUAGUUAGUGGAUCUUGCUUCCUGUGCAUGAAACAUGCCAGAUCAAAGUCACUGGGUCUAAACUUGUUAGCAGAAUCAAUCAAUUUUAUUAUCCAGAUUCUCUACCACCACCACCACAUGUCCACAUGGCUGUGCAGUCUGGCACUACAACUGAAUAUAUUUAUUGUUUCAUACAACAAAGUCUAAAUUAGUACUCUCAGGUUUUAGCAUCGUCGACAUCUAUAUCAUUUAAGCAUUUAAGGUGAAAAAAUAACAAAAACAUUUAUCUUAGAAGCACAACCUUUUGCAUGUCCUACAGGAUUAACAAUAAUCUGAGCAAAACGCAAUCCAACCUUUUGCACUGAUAUUGUCACGUACAGUAGCUUUAUUAAUGGUCUUUCUGAACAAGGGCUUGUGGAAUCGGCCAUUGAGUAAUUUCAAAGC